AAAGGGAGCCCAAAUUAGUAGUCUCUUUCCUUUUUGUCUACUUUUAUGAUAUGUGUAUCCCAAAGGCUCAGAAACUCCAUAUCUUUCCCCCUGCAGAUUCCCCUCUUCAAAGUAAUUUCUGAACCAGAAUUUAUCUCUUCUGUAGCUUUCUUCACAAUCCCUACAUUUUCUUUUCUCUCAUUCACUUUCAAAUUCCAACCCUUUUCUUCUGAGUAGCAACUGCCGACACUAACAACCCCACGAUGGAUGAUUAUGGUAAAAGAAGUAGGCAGAUACCGGCAUUUGGAGACUGGGAUUAUGCAAAUGAUCUGCCUAUAACCCAGUACUUCGAAUGUGCUAGACAAGCAGGUUUGAUUCGUUUCAGCUCUUCAUCUGGUGAAUCUAAUACUUGUGUGCGUGACUUGUAUGAAGUUGAUUCGAGGAAACAUUCUCGUGAUCUUGCUUCUUCUAGGAAGGUGAGUAGGGUAAGGGAGAAGGGAGGGCCGCAUGUUAAGGAGCUAAAGAAGGGAGGGAGAGUCCGUGACGUGACGGAACCGCGGAGGAAAUAUCCCCACCACCACCAUGUGUCGUUGUCAAAUAAUAAUUACAGUACGACAAGAGAUAGUAAGCAACUCAAAUACGACGACGUUGCUACCAAUCCCAAGAGAGUUCUUGUCCGACAACCUAAGCCUGUUGACGAAGAUCUUUACAAGAUACCCCCUGAGCUCCUCGACUCUUCCAAGCGAAAGAAGAGGCCAGGAUUCUUUUCGUGCUUGGUUCCAGCUUGUGCAACUUGAAGCUCUCAUCGUUUUGUGCAUGAAAAUGAAGAAUUUAAUGUUUAUAUAGAAA